AUGGUGCGCGGCGCCGAGGACAGGUCACUGGGCGAGCGUCUCGACAUCGACCGCGCGAGGCUCAGGGAGAUUCUGAUCGCAUCGCUCCCCGAGGGCAUGCUUCGAUGGGGCCACCGGCUCAAGGCCAUCGAGGGCAAGACGCUCGUCUUUUGCAAUACGAGCCUCUCGGGAUACGACGUCGUAGUCGGGGCGGCGGGGCUUGGAGUAGGGUUGACGGAGACCGAGUCCAGUCAUCUCGUAAGGAGAUUUGGAUUUGACACACUGACAUUUGUAGUGCUCAAAUCUAUUUGA